GCCAAAGUUCAAAAAACAUCAGUUCAUCUCCAAGCAUAGAGAGCUUGUCUGGAGGACGUGAAUUUACAGGAUCUCCACCUUUGUCUGCAUCCAAAAAGGAUUCCUUUUUCAGCUCGAUCUCCCGCUCCCGUUCGCAAAGCAAAACCAUGAGCAGAAAAGAAUCGUCCCACAGUGCAGUGCCAGCAGGUGAAUGUGUGCAGGCAGCAGCUCAUCACCUGCUCCUGCAGCAACAGCAAGCCUCCCUCCGAGGAGGUCACCAUCAAGGGUCCAUCUGCACAGAGGUUGCCACAGCACUGCCAAUGACAGCAUGGACAGGGGUUGUGUCUCUAGCAAGAGACAAAGACAAGGAGGAGGAAUUGGAGGCCCAGAUUUCAUUUCUACAAGGACAACUAAACGACUUGGAAGCCAUGUGCAAAUAUUGUGCGAAGAUGAUGAACACACAUCUUGGAAAUAUUCAAGAAGUCAUAUUACAAGAACACUUGGAAAAAGAAGAUGAAAUUCUAGUUUCCUUGGCUGGUUUGAAGCAGAUCAAAGAUAUUCUGAAAGGUUCAUUACGUUUCAACCAGAGCCAGCUGGAAGCUGAAGAAAAUGAGCAAAUCACUAUAGCCGAUGAUCAUUACUGUUCCAACAGUCAGAACAAGGGGACAGGUGAUACCCUAAAGGGACCUGUUAUGACAAAGCAACAGUUCAUCUCAGGACGACAGACUACAACUGAUUCGAGCACUAGUGAGAGCAAGAGUGCUGAUGACUACCUUAUGGUUUCCAAAGAAGAGGAGAGAAGCAGAAGUGCUGUCCUGGAGCCAGAACAGUCCCUUCAGGCACACAAGGAGGCAGCAGUGAAGCCAGAAGCUCCAUCUCGUUCUUCUUUGAUAUUCUCUGACCCACUGAUGGGUUCCAUUUCAGCUUCAUCCAGCAACCUGAGCUCCAGCCCUGAUGAUGACAGCAGUAACAACAGCAAGGAUUCUGAUUUUGCUAUUGUGAGCCCAUUGGACAUCUAAAGAAGCAGGUUGGGAGAGUUUGGGAGGUAAAUGGUUACAACUCGGCUCAAAUUCCUGUGAUUCUGUGGGCUGGAUAGUUCUUUGG